GGAGGGAAGGAGGGGGUGGAAGCCGGGCCGGGGCGGCCAGCAGGCAAUUUGCAUGAGAGACAGACUGGGAAUGAGCUGGAGUGGGCGCCUCUCCGCGCACACAGAGYGGGGCAGGAGGGGGAGGAGGAGGGAGCUGCUGCUGCUGCCGCCGCCGGGGAGAGGCGGCGAACUCCGGGCAAAGUUUGGAGCCGCGGGCCCGCGGCGCUGAGGCAGAGGCGGGGCGGGGAGCGGACGGGCCGGGCCGGGCCAGGCAGGGCCGCCCGGGCCGCGCGGUGUGAGGCGGCAGCGGCGGGCAGAGCGCGGAGCCGGCGGCGGGCGCUGCCGGCACAGCCAGCAUGUCCUCCAUCCUGCCCUUCACUCCUCCCAUCGUCAAGCGGCUCCUGGGCUGGAAAAAAGGCGAGCAGAACGGGCAGGAGGAGAAAUGGUGCGAGAARGCGGUGAAGAGCCUGGUGAAGAAGCUGAAGAAGACGGGGCAGCUGGACGAGCUGGAGAAGGCGAUCACCACGCAGAACAUCAACACCAAGUGCAUCACCAUCCCCAGAUCCCUGGAUGGGCGGCUCCAGGUGUCCCACAGGAAGGGCCUUCCCCAUGUCAUCUACUGCCGCCUGUGGCGCUGGCCCGACCUGCACAGCCACCACGAGCUGCGCGCCAUGGAGAUGUGCGAGUUCGCCUUCAACAUGAAGAAGGAYGAAGUGUGUGUGAACCCCUACCACUACCAGCGAGUGGAGACCCCAGUGCUACCUCCGGUGCUGGUGCCUCGGCACACGGAGAUUCCRGCCGAAUUCCCGCCCCUGGACGACUACAGCCACUCCAUCCCAGAGAACACUAACUUCCCAGCAGGUAUCGAGCCCCAGAGCAACUACAUUCCAGAGACCCCUCCUCCAGGCUAUUUGAGUGAGGAUGGAGAAACCAGUGACCACCAGAUGAACCCCAGCAUGGAUGCAGGUUCUCCAAACUUAUCACCAAACCCCAUGUCUCCUGCACACAACAAUCUGGAUCUGCAGCCGGUGACCUACUGCGAGCCGGCCUUCUGGUGCUCCAUCUCCUACUAYGAGCUCAACCAGAGGGUGGGGGAGACUUUCCACGCCUCGCAGCCCUCCAUGACCGUGGAUGGCUUCACCGACCCCUCCAACUCGGAGCGCUUCUGCCUGGGGCUGCUGUCCAACGUCAACCGCAACGCGGCCGUGGAGCUCACCCGGCGGCACAUCGGCCGCGGGGUGAGGCUGUACUACAUCGGCGGGGAGGUGUUCGCCGAGUGCCUCAGCGACAGCGCCAUCUUCGUGCAGUCCCCGAACUGCAACCAGCGCUACGGCUGGCACCCGGCCACGGUCUGCAAGAUCCCCCCAGGCUGUAACCUGAAGAUUUUUAACAACCAGGAAUUUGCUGCUCUGCUGGCGCAGUCGGUGAACCAGGGCUUCGAGGCCGUGUACCAGCUGACCCGCAUGUGCACCAUCCGCAUGAGCUUCGUCAAGGGAUGGGGCGCCGAGUACAGGAGGCAGACUGUGACCAGCACUCCCUGCUGGAUCGAGCUGCACCUCAACGGGCCCUUGCAGUGGCUGGACAAGGUACUCACACAGAUGGGCUCUCCCAGCAUCCGCUGCUCCAGCGUCUCCUAAGGAAACUCCUCCUGAGAUCCCGUGGGGGGAGCAAGGACUCUGGAAAACUCUUAGCAAAAGGCAUAGUAAACAACUCCCCAGUUAUUCAAGUGAUGAGAAAAAAAAUCUGCUUUAAAAAAAGAAAAAAAAAGAAGUGGGUUUUCUUCGUUUUGUUGUUGUUUCUUAAAAAAAAAUACCCAUUUAAGCCACUUCCACUGAAACUGUCGGCACUUUGGUUGGGAUGCUUCAGGGCACUGCAGUUGGAAUUUGGAGUUGGAGUUGGUGAGGAUGAAGAGCUGRACAUUGUUUCAGUGGAGAGCAGGCAGUGCCCGCCUGGCCCCGGGCAGUGUGAGCGCACAGGAGCCUUCCCAGCUCCAAGGAGACUUUCCCUUUCCCUCACACAACUCCAGGCUCAGGUCCUGCAGCAUCCCGGGAACACAGACCCCGUGGAACUCCAUGAUGGCUCCUGCAUUCCCUCACCAUCCACCUGAUCCUCACCCAGCAUUGCAGCAGCAAGGGGAAGGAGGCAUUUCAAGCASCCGAAAGAACUAAUUCCCCCAGSAAUGUUCCAAAAAGGAAGGGAUUUYCCACACUGGACUUCCAAUGAGGAGGCAUUCUUGCAUGGUGCCCGAGGGAUGAUGCCCUCAUGGAUCAGCCUGGAGUCACAUGGAGCAAAAGGCCCAAUUUGAGGCUCUUUKUGGUGUUGCUGCAGCGAUUUUUGACUGAAGCUGCUCCCAGAUGGACAAUUGUCCCCAGCUGCUCCCAGAUGGACGAUUGUCCCGUGGGGAGUCUGCCUGGAGCAGUUAAACCUCUGUUCUCUGCAGUUGGUUUGCAUUAACUACAGGAAGGCUGGGCUGUGUUUUCCCAGUGUCUGCCUUCCCUGAAGCCCGAGGGGCUCCACGGGCUCCGUGUCCAGGUGGAACAGGGAUGGAGUGGCCAGGCCCUGGCUCCAUGUGUGGAGCACCCCCUGGAGCRGGGAUCUCGAGCUGUCACAUGCAGCAGCCAGGACAUCUCAGACACAACCACCCCUCUGUGUAAAACUUGUUCCAGCUGAUGGAAAUGCUCUARGAUGUGUUUUUGCCUGGAGAAAUUGGGAGAGUGUGUAUUUACUUGUAUUAUAAAAUGUUCAUUUUAAACAUACAUGCUCCAGACUGUUUAAUAUUUUUUUUUUCCCUGCAGCAACUAUCGUGGCAAACAACUUCCACAACUGGAAAAAACCCUUAGCACUUGUUUUUAUGGUUCACAUUUGCCAAAUAAGUCUCAUAACUUUGUCAGUGCUGUCCAAUUAUCUGUUUCUUUAUAUCURCAGUGAAUAUCUUAUGCAUUUGUGCCAAAAUAUUAGAAGGGGAGGGGAGAAAGUGAUAAUCAGUUUCCUAUGGAAAUCGUUUUUUCUUGGUUUUUUUUAUCUGUGAAAGACAAACAAGCUCRAUGUGGCUGUGGGAAGGAUGGACUGGGUUGGACUUGAGGAUGGUUUUGAUCAGGCUUUAGUCCUGCCAACUUCUGUGCCUCCAGGYGUGGGCAGCUGUGGGAGUGCCCUGAUGGAUCAAACGCCCACCAGGAUUUCUGUGCGCCUGCUUCUCCACCUUCUUGUUCCUCUGAGGCCUCUCUGCAGCCUCUCCCUCCUGGUUUGCCAGACCCCACCACUCCUGGAGCUGAGGGGAUGAGACACCACCCAACAGAUUCCAGAGGCCACUGCUGCUGCUUGAAAUGUGGAUGAAGGGAUGGUUUAGAGAGUUUCCUUCCACAAACAACAAAUUGCCUUUUUUAAAUGUGUGAAAUUUAAAUUCUGGGGAAGACUCUCAGUGGUGGAUGAUCCAGGCUCUUUGGAAUAUCCUCUGGCAGAGUUUGGACUGGAGCUUUUCRUGUGCAGCACAGCAGUAGCAGCUCUGGAGACUUUUAGGGUGUUUAAUUUGUUACAUUUUACAAGUGUGUCUGAUUUGAGUUACAACUCUGACUGCACAGGCUGGGGCAAGAAGAGAUCUGUAUAAAACAGGAUUUUUAGGGCYGUUUACAAAGGAGGUCUGUUGCCACCAUGGAUUGGUUCAGCAUUGAUGUUCUGAUACAGGUUUCUAACAUAUCUGCAAACAAAAAUUUAUCCUUAAUUAUGUGGAAAUAUUUGACUUUUGGCUGUUUUAAUGAGAGGGGAAAAAAUCUGCUCUGUAAAAUGGCCCCGGGUUUCCUCCRUAAGUGUCUUACUUGGUUACUUACUUUGGCUUAUUUUGGUGACAAACUCUUGUUGUCCUCAUUUAGAGGAAAUUGGUGCCUCCUGUAUUAACAACAAAAAUUACACCUUCARUUCCAGAGUCAGGGAUUAGAGGUGAUGGUGUGAGAAGGAGCCAGCCUGGUCCAGAGGCCACGAGUGGGAAUAAAUCCUAACUUUAAUAUGAGGUUUGCACAGUUACCUCCUCAGCCAAGCUGCAUUUCAGCUGUAGAGCCAGAUCUACAGCUCCUUGCURAAGGACAAUUAAUUGCUGACCAUUAUUAAUUGAGGCCUUUUGAAGCCCAGGAUUCAGAUGAUGUAUAAAAACUUUGGUUAAUCUCCCCUCAUCAUCCCUUAAGUCAAAUGACUUGCAGUGGAAAAUGUGAGCUGGCCCAGCRGUGCAGUGAGAUAAAGGGCAGAUAAUCUCCCCUCCAGGAUUCAUUUAGUCUCUCCCCUUUGUUUGCUGCUCACUCAUUCAUGAAAGCUCUGUAGGUUCUGGAGUUACCUUAGACAGUCCAUUAGAGUGGCUGGACAAAGGGAGGGCUGAGGCUGGAGCUGGGUGUGAUCCUAGGGAUGAUCUUGGAUGGUCACAGCUGCAGUGGUUGCAGAGGUGGAAGUGAACUCCCAUUCCUGUGGCCACCGAGGACGGGGAGCAGGACCUGGGUUGGGAUUGCUGGAGGCAGCGCACCCUGAAGGCGGAGGAGGCUUUGAUUUUCUCUAGAACUUGAUUAAAGCAGCUUUGGUGUGGAGCUCAAAGGGAUGGGACCAGCCAUGCCCUAGCUCAGAUUACAGCUCCAGGCUGGAAUAUCCUCUAAUUUCAUGGCAGCCAAGGCUGAAAUGAAACUCUCCAGGAUUUCACACAUUUUUGUUCCUUUGGAGUCAGUAGCAGGACCUUUGGCUCUUUACUGGAAUAGCUGCACACAAUGGCCUGGGUGCUGGCAGAGGACACCGCCAGCCCUGUGCUUUCYACGCCUCUGGUGAUUUGUUUGUUGUUAAUGUAUUGAAUUGCARUUUGUAUUUUGUGCUAAGCUGUUUUAGAGGUAAUCCAGUGCUGUGCAUUUGAUUUAAUCUCCAGCAAUCAGUGUGCAUAUGCACAAUGAUGGAAGAAAUCCAAUCAAAAGGCAUUUCCCUGGAGCUCUGCCCYUUUGUGCCAGGAAAGGGCUGAGGGGACUCUCUGAGUUAGUGAUGGGUUCCUCCCCCUUGGAUCAGCCCCUGAGGACUYCUUUGGUGCAGGAUAUUCAGGACUCACCUCAAGCAGUAGGUGGUGACAUCUGGGCCCUGUGCUGCUUCCUUACUGGAAAACAGGGAGAGCCCAGCCCAGUGAGGAAUUUCAGCCAUAUCACAAAGCAUCCAGGAGCAUUCCUGGCUCUGAGGUACUGCAUAGGCAGGAGGAUGGGAUUUCAUGGAUAUGUUAAGCCAGUAUGAGAACCAGGCCCUCUCCAGUGGUGGCCCGAGCACUGUGGUUGAGAAGUUCAGUGUUUUUUACUAUGUACAUGCUUUUGUAUUUAUGUGUCUUUUCUCGAAUAUUCAGAUGAAUUCAAUAUUUAAUUUUUAGCAGAAGGAGCAAUUAAGGACUCAGACUAUUAAACCUUCCAUCUGUUCCUUGCUGAUGAUUGCUGGAAAUGAGGAGUUUCUGAUGUGGYGACAGAGCAGGGCACAAAGUCCCCUGAGCCCUGGGGAGCCAUGGUGCUGCUGCUGCAUGAAGCUGGGUCCAGAUGAGCUCUUUGUGCUCCUUGGGGCUUGAUGAGGCUUUAAAAACCAAAACCUGUUCCUCCAGAACUGUUUGGGUCACCUUGUGCCCCUCCAGGCCUGGUGGGUUUCCUGUGUGCUCACUGCAGUCCGUGGGCCCUGGGGCAGCCCUCGGUGUCUGUGCUGGGGCACAUCCCGCUCUGUCCCCCAGGAUGGAUCCAUUGGAGCAASUUUAUGUUUAGUGUGUAGAAUUCCUCCCUGAUUGUCCAUCCCUGCCCAGCUGUGCCACCUUCUGCUUUCCCUUGGCAGCAUUACUCUGUUUGUUACUCCAGGCCUGUCCCAUGUACGCCCUCCCCUUUCCAUGUGAAACUGUAAGGUCUGUUUUUGACAUUUUAAUAAACUUUGAUUUGAAAACCAA